UUCCUUUUUCAUUUUUUGAGUCCCUUCGGUUCAGUUCAGUUGAGUUGAGGGAUUGCGAGGAACGUGAACGUUGCCACUUCAGUCCAACCCAUCCAUCGCGCGCGCCCCGCUUGACUCCCCAGCCAGCCUCCCACGCUCCUGCUCGAGUUGUCCGAUCAAAGCACCGCUUGAAGAUCCCAAAUGCCAGACAAGACCGUCGACUUCAACCUGGACGAGUCGCCGUUCGCUGCAGAAUGGGGCCUGUACGGCGUCGCGCUCGUCAAUUUCCUGGUCAAUUUCACGGUUGCGUGCUACCUCGUCUACUGGCGUAACUGGGCGCCCAUCCGCGCCAAGCAGCUCGAUUUCCUGCUUCUGUCAUCAGCAUCGGGUUGGAUUUGGCUGAUCGGCGCAAUGAGUGCCACUCGUACCAUUCCUCAAGUCGGUGCGAUGCUAUCAUGCAACUUUUGGGCAUUUUGGGUUCAGUUCUGCUUCGGGGCGCUCAUGUGGUGUGCCUGCAUCAUUCUUCGCAUGUACCGGCUCUACGUGAUUAUGAUUGCAACGAAAAUGCGCAUGAACGUCUCCAAUCCGCGCGCCUGGAUGUAUGGUCGAUUGGUGAUGGUCUGCAGCCCCGUUAUCCUUUUCUGCAUCAUUGCCACAGCCACGAACGCCGUACCGAUUGUUCCGCAGCCCACCUCUGCGGGCGUGUACGUCGACCUGUGCUCAAUGGAAUGGUGGGCGCUCUAUAGCCUCAUGGUCUUUUGCAUCGUUUACUUGUUGCUCGUUGUGUGGUUGAUGGUCCAACUGCGCCGCAUCCGAAAGUUCCUCAACGAGUUCCGCGAAACCAAGAUUGCGUUUUGGUGCGUCGUGAUCAGCGGUGUCUUCUACGCCGUCAUCCAUGUGAUGGCUUGGCAGAAAAAGGUUUGGGGUCGCGUGCUUUGCGUGGCCAUGAUUUUGGUCAUGGUGAACGUGAGCUACUGGCUCAUUCUUGGGCCCACGGUCAUUGGCCGAUGGUUCAACCCCGAAGCCUUUCUGGCGAAGUUUCAUGCUGAUAAGGAUUACCAGCCCAAUUCCACAACCAAGAAAGAGAAUUCUUCAACCAAGCACAACAUGUCGAUUAAUCCUCUCGCAAAGGCCUCUUCGAGAAAAUCGGAAGGGCAAAGUGACAGAACGGAAGAGUCCGAGCACAACCAGUCAGAGUUUGAAGUUCGAAUGACGGAAAACGAGUUUUCUGUCGUUCCAGCGGGCGAGAUUGCCGGGAACGAAGACGGGCCGGAAGAGGCUUAGAAUGUUGCUAAUGAACUAUUGUGGUUUGCAUGGUGUAUAGCCGUUUCUUAUUUGUUGUGUUCGCUUUUCUUCGUUUAUGUUUUCAGUACGUUUUCCCUACUCGUUUCAUAUUCGGUUCAUGUUCGGUUCAGGAUCUCAAACUUGCUGAGUCGUCGAAUGCGAUGUCAAGUUCAACGUUCACCUAUCGUUCGUUGAUGCAGUACUCUUCGUUUGUAUCGCAC